AUGGAUUCAGUGGAAAAGACCACAAAUAGAAGUGAACAAAAAUCAAGAAAGUUUUUAAAAAGCCUCAUCCGGAAACAGCCCCAGGAGCUGCUCCUGGUCAUUGGGACGGGCGUCAGCGCAGCGGUGGCCCCGGGGAUCCCCGCCCUGUGCUCCUGGAGGAGCUGCAUCGAGGCCGUGAUCGAGGCUGCCGAGCAGCUGGAGGUGCUGCACCCUGGGGACGUGGCCGAGUUCCGCAGAAAGCUGACCAAGGACGGGGACCUGCUGGUGGUCGCCCAUGACCUCAUCCGGAAGAUGUCCCCGCGCACGGGCGACAGCAAGCCCAACUUCUUCCAGGACUGCCUGAUGGAGGUCUUCGACGACCUGGAGCGGCACAUCCAGAACCCGCUGGUGCUGCAGUCCAUCCUGAGCCUGAUGGAACGGGGUACCAUGGUCCUCACCACCAACUACGACAACCUGCUGGAGAUCUUCGGGCAGCAGCAGAGCAAGCCCAUGGAGUCGCUGGACCUGAAGGACAAGACCAAGGUCCUUCAGUGGGCGCGAGGGAACAUCAGGUUCGGAGUUCUUCACAUUCACGGCUUGUACACUGACCCUUGCGGGAUGGUGUUGGACCCUUCAGGAUAUAAAGACGUCACUCAAGACCCGGAGGUCAUGGAGGUUCUCCAGAACCUGUACCGCACCAAGUCCUUCCUGUUCGUGGGCUGCGGGGAGACGCUGCGUGACCAGAUCUUCCAGGCCCUCUUCCUCUACUCCGUGCCCAACAAGGUGGACCUGGAGCACUACAUGGUGGUCCUCAAGGAGGGCGAGGACCACUUCUUCAAGCUCCAGGCAGACAUGCUGCUGCAUGGCAUCAAGGUCGUGUCCUACGGGGACUGCUUCGCCCACUUCCCCGGGUACGUGCAGGACCUCGCCACUCAGAUCUGCAGGCAGCGGAGUCCAGAUGCCGAUCGAGUGGACAGCACCACGUUGUUGGGGAAUGCAUGCCAGGACUGUGCAAAGAGGAAGUUAGAAGAAAAUGGAAUUGAAGUUUCAAAGAAACUCAGACAGUCAGAUACAGAUGACGCUGGAGGGUCUUGA